AUGGCAUAUCAGUACAUCAUCUCGCGCACCCUCGACCCCAUCUUCGCCGUGUCCAUCGGGCUCGCCGCCGCCGCGACGCGCAUCAACCGCGAGGAGAAGGACAAGGGGCGCAGCACGGCGCAGACGGUCGAUGUGUUCAAGCGGAGAGUAGCGUUGUGGUGGGACGGCGGCGCGAAGAAUUGA